AUGUCACUUAUGAACGACGAAGAAGAAGACGACGACGAUGAUGUCUACGAAAGUUUUAAUUAUUUAACAUGUAAUAAAUUUUUAAAGAGCAAAUACGAUUUUGAAAACGAACUGUUGGAUAACAACGAUAGAUGUUCAGACAUUCUCAACAAAAAUCAUAUCCUUGAAAACAAACGCGGGAAGGCUCUACCAGUAGACCACCGCAACGAAACAAAAACAUUCAACACAUCGGCCAUAAGAACAAAAUGUUCACCAGAUGACUCUUGUUCAGUGUUGCUAGAUAACGAGCACGUAAACAACAUGAAAGAACAAUUAUCCCCCGAAUGUUUCGAAAGUCUUAUGAAAGACGUUGAACUCGGUGAAAAUAAUCUGAAAGAAAAACCAAAAACUGAUGCAGAUAUAAAAUUAAUUCUGAAAAAGAAAAUCUCUACCGCUAAAUCAUCACCACUAACUUCUAAUGACCUAAAAUUAUCAAACCAGUCAAAAGUGGAACUUCCCGAUGAUUCCAACAUAAAGCAAACCUGUGAUUCGGACAUGUUGCAGAAAACUGCGAAGGCGUCCAUCUUAUCUCCUGUGAGACCAAAGUUUUUGGAAAAGUUAAAAUCGAAAGUGGUGACAGAAGGAUCGGUGUUGUACCUGGAAUGUUUUGUGGUAGGAAGACCUCAUCCAGAGAUUCUCUGGUUUCAAGAUGGCAUAAAGAUAAAACAGCACAACCAAACCCCAAACAACAACAACAGCAACCACAACAGUUACAACAACCACAACGGCCACAACAACAACAAUGAUGACAACCGAAUAAAAAUCUUCAACAAUGACGAUGGCGUCUGCACGCUUACGAUCGAUCACUCGUUGCUGGAAGACAGGGCGCAGUACAUGUGCGUGGCCCGGAAUGAAGAGGGCAUUGAUAGAACUUGGGCGGAAGUCUUCGUGAAACGUUGGCAAAAUUAA